UUAAAUAUGGUAGGCCUUGAGAUUUGAGAAAUUGAACUUGGAGGAAAAUUCUGUUGACAUAGGCGUAUCAGAUAUAUAUUUGUUGAUCUAAAUUUGGUGAUUCAAUAAGUGACGUAAUUUGAAAAACCACUACGCAAACAUGCGCGAACCAAUGUUUGUUUUGCCAUCCGAACGACACAGCUGGCUCCAUCAAACGCAUAUUUUACAACGCUCAAUGCCGUAUAGUAUCAUUAUCAUGUUUCAGUUUAGAACAGAUUCGGUUUCUCUUGAAGGGUGGAUAUUAAAAUGGACAAAUUAUUUAAAUGGAUAUCAGAAAAGGUGGUUUGUCUUAACUGCUAACCAGUUAUCUUAUUAUUUAACACCAGAGGAUGUCCCGGAAUCGUGCCGCGGUAAGAUUUACCUGAUUUCGGUUUCUAUUAAGAAAGAAAGCAGUACCCGCAUCGUCAUUUCUAAAGGGGGUAAUGUAAUUUACGAUUUGAUUACUCAAUCAGAAGCUGACUGUCAGAGGUGGAUAACAGCGAUGGAGUCGACCCCCGCUAGAGAGUGCGAUUUAUCUGAUACGAGGGUCUUCUCAAACCUCUCACAAAUCGAAGAAAAGUUUGAAAAUUUGGAGAAAUGCCUCAAACUAUUAUUUAAAUACGAGACCGAUUUAUAUUCAGCGCUUGAAAUAAUAGAAGAAAAUACGGAUUUGUCAAGACUAAGGAAAAUAUGUAAAAAAUUUAAAUCAUUUGGUCGAGAUUCUUCAGAAAUGCUGGAAAAAUGUUCAGAUUUCAUCCAUGUUGCAAAAAUAAAAUGCAUAGAUUUGCAUAAAUGUAUAUCUCAGGAAAAAGCCUGCAAACAUGUGGCGACGAGUUUUUUGGACGAAAUUUCGGAUGACGAAGAUGAAUUUGUAGAUGCAUCUGGGAGCCUUCUUGUUGGGGAAAGAAUUCUGGUAGCCGAACGAAAAUCACCAGACGCGUUAUUUUCAGAAAAUACUGGAGCGCCAAAAUCACAGAAUUACAGAACAAAAAUUCCAUUUAAACCAAAUCAUUGGAUAAACCUGUGGAGUAUUUUAAAAAACUGCAUAGGACGAGAUAUCACAACACUGCCGUUGCCCGUUUAUUUUAACGAGCCUCUAUCAAUAUUACAGCGAUUAGCAGAAGAGCUCGAAUACAGCACGUUGCUAGACAAAGCCGCGGAAUGCAAGGACUCUGCCGAACAAAUGGCCUUAGUAGUUGCAUUUUCUAUAUCCUCAUAUUCAACUUCAUCAAAACGAACCGGAAAACCUUUCAAUCCGUUGCUUGGGGAAACCUACGAACUAGAUUGCUCGAAGGAGCGUGGUUUUAAAAUAAUUUGUGAGCAAGUGAGUCACCAUCCACCUAUCGCGGCUGUUCAUGUCAAUUCAACAACAAAUGGUUGGACGUUUUGGAUGGACGCAACCCCUGAAAGCAAGUUUUGUGGCAAUUAUUUAAUUUUAAAGCCUGUGGGUCUUUGCCAUCUGAAAUUUCACGAUACCGGUCAUCAUUAUACAUGGAACAAAGCUACCAUAAACGUGAAUAAUAUAAUUCUUGGUACAAUGUGGAUAGACCAAGUAGGAGAAUCUGUAUUCGAAAAUCACUGCACCGGCGAUAAAUGCCAAUUGAUAUUCUUUCAAUACAAUCUCUUCUCAAAAGAUGAUUUCAGAAAAGUUUCGGGAAGAGUGAUUGAUAAAACUGGAACGGAAGUAUAUUCAAUAUUUGGCAGAUGGGACAGUUCAGUGACUUGCAAAAAGUUGAAAUCUUCCGAUACGAAACACGACGGAAGUGAUCGAUUACUGUGGAAAAUCAGUCCACUACCUCCUAAUUCAGAGAGGAUGUAUGACUUUACUUUGUUCUCUUUAAUGCUGAAUCAGUGGGUAGAUGGCUCAGCGCCCACAGACUCGAGAAGAAGACCCGACCAGCGAAAAAUGGAAGAAGGUGAGUGGGAUAUAGCAAACAAUAUCAAAUUAGAACUUGAAGAAAGACAGCGCGAACGAAGGAGACACAAGGAAGCUGAGGAUGCAAAACAAAUUUCACGAGGCCUUCAUGUGAAACCCUACGAACCGCGCUGGUUCAAAAAGGAAAAAUGUUCACUUACAGGAGACAUGGUAUUUGUUUACAAACACGAGUACUGGGAUGCAAAAGAAAUGCAGAACUGGUCGCAAAUUAUUCCGAUUUUCAAUACAUCGAAGCCGGAGUGAUUUUACCAGAAAUCAAACGGGUUUAAAAAUAGUCGAUGUUCCAAGAGAAGGAACCAAAUAACCGCUGAAACACCGAUAUUGCACAUUGCAACUGACGAAGAGAGACAGUGACCCCCACUGUUAGCAUUGUGUAUGUCAAUAAUCUGGCAACCGUUGUUGAAGUUUCGCCAUUUUGGCGCGUUGUGUUCUCGGCCCAGUCUCUUGCGGCAUACAUUAGUAUCUCUACAAUCUGGAAUUUAUUCUUGAUAUUUUGUAUAUAAUACCUCUCUGGUGAUGGACUGUAUUCAACGGGUUUCAUCUUAACGUCCAAAAUUAUGCACCAAACUCUUGAAUUUGAUGCAAUAAAGGAGUUUCGAGCACACUGCAAGAAGAGUGCGUUCGGACAAACAUGAAUACAUAGCACGCAUUUUUCGAUCACUGCG